UUUUAAUUUUUUUAUUUGCAAAGAUAUUUGCGAUGUGCGAUGUCCCUUCACGGCCACCAUGAUGCUGGGAACAACGUGCAAACGAAAUACGGGGCGCGUGUUUACACCACCCGAUUGUAUCAAGAUGUAAAUCACACUUCACUCGAGUAGGUUAUGUAGUCCCACUAAUUCAUUGUAUUAUAAAACCAAGGAGGGGUAGAAAAAGACGGCGAGAGUAGUACACACCACAAGUCAACUUUAACAACAUUUGCCCAACAGAAACAAGGCUCGGUAUGGCUGCGAUUGAUGUACUUGUAGUUGGUUCGUGUAACACAGAUUUAAUAUGUUAUGUCUCUCAACUUCCAAAGCCUGGAGAAACCAUACAUGGUUCAAAGUUCACCACUGGAUUUGGAGGUAAAGGAGCCAAUCAAUGCGUUAUGGCAGCAAAAAUGGGAGCCAAAACUGCUAUGGUUGCAAAAGUAGGAGAUGAUACAUUUGGACAUGAGACUGUCAAGAAUUUUAAGAGUUCAAAUGUCAACACAGAUUAUAUUGGAGUGACAAGUGACGCUGCUACUGGUGCUGCACCUAUAACUGUUAAUCAACAAGGGGAAAACUCCAUAGUGAUUGUGAGUGGAGCCAAUUUACUGCUAACACCCCAUGAUGCUGAAAUGGCCAUUCAAAGCUUGUCAGCAAAAGUGCUUAUUUGCCAACUGGAAAUUAAACCUGAAACUUCCUUAGCAGCAAUGAAAAUGGCAAAAAGUAAAGGAGUAACAACCAUUUUAAACCCAGCACCAGCAAUAGCAGAUCUUCAGUCGGAUUUCUUCAAGUUUUGUGAUAUUAUUUGCCCGAAUGAAACAGAGGCACAGCUACUAACGGGUCUGCAAGUUACCAAUGUAGAUGGGGCUAAAUGUGCAGCAAUACAGUUACUUCAGAAGGGUUGCAAGACAGUAAUCAUAACAUUGGGAGGUCAAGGGUCAUUAUUGAUGACUUCAGGAGGCAUACCAGUGCAUAUACCAGCAAGAUGUGUAAAAGCUUUUGAUACUACGGGUGCAGGAGAUUCAUUUGUGGGUGCUUUAGCCUACUACCUAGCCCUUCAUCCAAACUUAAGCUUAGAGGAGAUGAUUAAGAAUGCUUCCUACAUUGCAUCAAUCAGCGUUCAGUCAGCAGGCACACAGACAAGCUAUCCAUCACACAAAGAUCUACCAAGUCACUUGUUGUAAUGUGGUAGACAGAGAGAAGCUCAAGCUCUGAUAUAACUACUUUGACUGUAGCAUAAAUAAGGCCAUCAACCUCAUAUACAAUGUUUACUCUUGCACAAGGUGAUCCACAUGCUAAAUGGGAUAGCCUUAAUGAAAUUUGCUCUAAAUAUUUUACACAGGAUUUAGAUGUACAUGAGUUUAUUUAAAAUAAUGAACACAUUAAUUUCAUACAAUAAAUUUACAUACUGAAAUUACAAUUUGUACAAUUAUAGACUUGUGAGAUAAUGUAAAUAUUAUAAACUCAUGUUCUUAAAGGAACACGUUGCCUUGGAUCGGACGAGUUGGUCUGAAAAAAAAAACAGUUUGAAACUGUUAGUUAUAA